UUGCGUCUGUUAUGAUGUGUGCUGUUUCCAGUUUGUUGCUUUCGUCAUGAUGAUUCACCUAAAUGCGGUUCUGCUCUGGUGCGCUGCAGCGCUUCCUGGUCUCCUUGCGGUGCAGUCGUCUUUGCCGGCAGUCACCUGUGACAAGGAAAGCGUGGCGGUGGCUGCGAGCCUCGGUGUCCAACACAUCAAUAGAAAGCACGAGCAUGGAUUCAGGUUCAAGCUGCAGGUGGUCCAGAGCAGCAGUUAUCAACAGGUAUCAGGAGGUUGCCACAUAGAUGUGAAUGUGAAGCUGGUGCAGACCAAAUGUCACUUCACCAACCCCAAACCCGAUGACCAAUGUGAGCUGUGGCGGCUGGAUGAACGGGGUGCAGUGGCCACCUGCAGCAUUGAAUUUUGGGUGAUGUGGGGCGUGGCCAAAGUCAUCAGACACGAAUGCACCACCAGACCAGAGCUUACCAACGAGGAGCUGGUGACAAUUUGUCCCUAUUGCCCCACGUUGUUGCCCCUGGAUGACCCGACCGCUGUGAAGGCGGUGGAUGAUGCUGUGGUCAAGUUCAACCGGGAGAGCAAACAGGAGAAUUACUUCACCCUGAUGGAAGUGGCUCAUGUGACAAUGGGGUCCUUUGAAACCAUCGGCAUGAUUACCUCGCUCAUGUUUGCCUUGGUUGAGACCACGUGUCCCAGAGGUGCCAGGAAUACUUUUGUGCCCUGCACGCCUCGCUGUCCGGACCGAGCUCAUCACGCCUUUUGUCAAACCUCUUACUACAACUUGCACAGACAAGUGGGAAAACUUGAGUGUGAAUUAUAUCUCCCAAAAAAUCCAGGCCCCCAUCCGUCUGAUGUCCCAGAGCCUGUGUGCAGGCCGUUGUUCCACCAAAGCCCAGAAGCUUGUGUUUGCAAGACUCUGCUGAACAACCCCAAUCAGGCGAUCCACAACAUUUGUCCAUUCCCGCUUAAGUGAUGUCAUUGCUUGUCAAUUUGAUUGUAAUAAAUAAAAAAAAAAAGGAUACUUUGCUGGCACUUAUCUGUGAUCAUAGUUGAUGCAAGGACACUUCAUGGCUGUUUGUUUCCUGAAGUUGGCUUCCUAAUGCUCGUCUUGGUCAAUUCUAAAGUGGUACCCCCAUGAGUAAUUCAUUCUUGUAGCUCAAAACAAUCUUGUUUCAUGAUCGGAAAUGCUAUUAAACUGUUCCAAAGUC